CAAACGUUUUCUGUGGCCAGGCACCGAUUCAUGUGAGAGCGCCUGGCAGGAGCAUGGUCCGCCUUUGCCCGUGGCCAUCACUCUGGCUUCUCCAGUGUGCAGCGAGGGAGGAGUGGGAGUUGCCAGCCGUGCCUCAUCGUUCAUUGCUUUGCCUAUGAGCUCCACCAGCGCUUGUGUAGUGCUUAGCAGGAACCGUUGCUUUGGGGGAGUGGUGUACUGCGGCGUUCGGACCAGCUCAGUGUUAACAGAACCUUCUGGAUAUUUAACAGAUGGACCAAUAAAUUACAAAUAUAAAACUAAAUGUACAUGGUUAAUUGAAGGAUACCCAAAUGCAAUACUAAGAUUAAGAUUUAAUCACUUUGCCACAGAAUGUAGUUGGGACCAUAUGUAUGUAUAUGAUGGAGAUUCAAUAUAUGCACCUUUAAUAGCUGUAUUUAGUGGUCUAAUAGUCCCCGAAGUGCGUGGAAAUGAAACUGUUCCUGAAGUAGUUACUACAUCUGGCUAUGCAUUGCUGCACUUUUUUAGCGAUGCUGCUUAUAACCUGACUGGAUUUAACAUUUUUUACUCAAUUAAUUCUUGUCCUAAUAACUGCUCAGAACAUGGGAAGUGUACAACCAGUGUGUCCGUACCAAGCCGGGUAUACUGUGAGUGUGACAAGUACUGGAAAGGAGAAGCCUGUGAUAUUCCAUACUGUAAAGCCAACUGUGGUAGUCCAGAUCAUGGGUACUGUGAUUUGACAGGCGAGAAGCUGUGUGUCUGCAACGAUAGCUGGCAAGGUCCAGAUUGUUCUUUGAACGUCCCUUCCACGGAGUCUUACUGGAUUCUACCAAACGUAAAGCCAUUCAGCCCUUCUGUGGGCCGGGCUUCCCAUAAGGCAGUCCUACACGGAAAAUUUAUGUGGGUGAUUGGUGGAUACACUUUUAACUACAGUUCAUUCCAAAUGGUGUUGAACUACAAUUUGGAAAGCAGUAUAUGGAACGUAGUACCUGUAUCCAAAGGGCCACUCCAGAGAUAUGGACACACUCUUGCUUUAUAUCAGGAAGACAUCUACAUGUAUGGAGGCAAAAUUGAAACAAACAAUGGCAAUGUCACAGAUGAGCUGUGGAUUUUCAACAUACACAGUCAAACAUGGAGUAGCAGAACACCUGCAGUACUUGUACAUGGCCAACAAUAUGCUGUGGAAGGUCAUUCAGCACACAUAGUAGAGCUGGACAGCAGAGAUGUGGUUAUGAUUAUAAUUUUUGGAUAUUCUGCUAUAUAUGGUUACACAAGCAUUGUGCAAGAAUACUACAUCAGGUCUAAUUCUUGGCUCGUACCAGAAACAAAAGGAGCAAUUGUGCAAGGUGGAUAUGGCCAUACCAGUGUCUAUGAUGAACUGACAAAAUCUGUUUAUGUCCAUGGUGGAUACAAAGCAUUACCUGGCAAUAAGUAUGGAUUGGUGGAUGAUCUUUACAGAUAUGAAGUCAAUACUCGGACAUG